AUGAGUUCUAGCGAAAGUAAUACUACAGAAAAAAAAGAUAUUAUAAACGAAAAAAAAAGAAAUGAACCAGAAGAAACAUAUAGUUCGGAUGAUACAGGAGAAAAAAGAAUAAAGAGUAGCGAUAAAGAUAAGGAAAGAGAUAGAAGUAAGAGUCGUGAUAAAGAUUAUUACAGAGAAAAGAGUAGAGAUCGUGAUAGAGACAGUAGAGACUACAGAGACCGUGACAGAGAUUAUUAUAGGGAUAGAAGUAGCAGAGAUUAUAGAGAUCGUGAUAGAGACUAUUAUAGGGAUAGAGAUUAUUACAGAGGCAGCAGCAGAGAUUAUGGAAGAGAUCGUGAUAGGGAUUAUGGUGGCAGAGAUCGUGAUAGAGAUUAUGGUAGCAGUAGGGAUAAAGAUUAUAGUAGAGAUCGUGAUAGAGAAUCAACUAGUAGAAGUCGUCAUAGUGAUUCAGCAAGUAAAAAUCGCGAUUCUAAAGAAAAAGAAAUAUCAAACGGCAACAAACCAUCAAGUGUUGAAUCACCAAGCCUCACAUCAUCAAAAGAGACAAAUGGCAAAGAUACAUCAUCAUCAUUAUCAUCAUCAACAUCAACAUUACCAGAGCCUGAUGAAGAAAGUGACCAAAGAACUGUUUUUGUUUCAAAAAUAUCACAAAAUGUUGUAGAUAAAGACUUAUACGAUCUAUUUUCUAAAGCUGGUAAGGUUUUAGGUGUUCAAUUAAUCGUUGAUAAAGUUACCAAGAAAAAUAAAGGUGUUGGUUAUGUAGAGUUUGCCGAAAAGGUUAUGGUAGAAAGAGCUGUUGCUCUUUCGGGAUCAUAUUUGGAUGGACAAGCUAUUACCGUUCAUGCAAUUCAGCCAGAGAAGAAAACUACCAAACCAACUGGUAUUUCAGCAGAGCAAAGUAGAAUUUAUGUUGGUUAUAUUCAUCUCAGUGUUACAGAGGAGCAAAUUAGAGUAAUUUUUCAACCAUAUGGCGAUAUUGAGUUUAUCAAUAUCCACACAAAACCAGGUAUUUCAAAAUUUGCUUUUAUUCAGUUUAGAACUCAAGAGUCAGCAAAGAGAGCUAUAUCAGAGUUAAAUGGUUAUGAAUUGAUGGGUAAGAAUCUUAAAUUAAAUAUGGUAAGCCAAGAAAAAAAUGCAAAUGGUACCUAUGUACAAAUACCACAAAUUAAUAAUAUAGUACAUCAUGGCUAUGCACCAAAUCAAGCUUACAAUGCUACAGCUUCUGCUGUUGCCGCUCUUCAACACCAAGGUUUCCCAGUUAACCCAUACUAUUUACAACAACAACAUCCACAUCAACAACAUUUCCAAUCUCAAAUUCAAGCUCAUCUUCAGCAAGGUGCCACAAACAAUUCAAAUCAACAUACAUUUAAAGAAAAUACUCCACUUUCAUCUUUAGAUGAAGAUGAUGGAGGUAUUCCACUUACUGCUCAUGGUAGAGCUCUUUUAACAGCAAAACUUCAAGGUAAAGUUUUACCAACUCCACAACAACAAAUGGCUAAAGCUCCAGCUAUACAACAACAGCAACAACAACAGCAACAACAACAACAACCAAACAUGCAAACAUCAGUUAUCCAACCAUAUACAUCAUUACCACAGUUUGGUUUUUCAUCAACUUGUUUAAUUUUAAGAAAUAUGUUUGAUCCAGACACUGAAACCGAGGAAGAUUGGGAUCAAGAUAUUACAACAGAAACCCAUUCAGAAUGUUCACAAUUUGGUAAAAUUCAACAUAUUUAUUUAGAUAAAAAUACUAAGGGAUGUAUUUAUAUUAGAUAUGAUAACCCAGAAUCACCUCUUAAAGCAAUCCAAAAGCUUCAUGGUAGAUGGUUUUCAAAGAACGAAAUUAUUGCAGAGCUUGUUCCAGAACCAGUUUAUAAAUUAAAGUUCCCUUUUUAA